CCUAAACCCCUCCUCCCUCUUCGCCUCACCUUAUCCUCAACUCCAGCACCAGCUCCGCUUCCUCCUUCCCCGAGCCUUCCAAUGGCGUCCGCCAACGCCAUCUCCACCACCGCCUCCCUCCCCCGCUAUUUCUCCUCCCAGGGGAGGGUGAGGAGGGCCAGGAAUGGGCGGACGCAGCGGCUCGUGGUGCGGGCGGACGCCAAGGACAUCGCGUUCGACCAGAAGUCCCGGGCGGCGCUCCAGGCCGGCGUCGAGAAGCUCGCCAACGCCGUCGGCGUCACCCUCGGCCCGCGAGGGAGAAACGUAGUGCUUGAUGAGUAUGGUAGUCCCAAAGUGGUAAACGAUGGAGUCACCAUUGCCCGGGCUAUUGAACUAUAUGAUCCAAUGGAAAAUGCUGGGGCAGCAUUGAUCCGUGAGGUUGCUAGCAAGACCAAUGAUUCUGCUGGCGAUGGGACUACAACUGCCUCUGUCCUUGCUCGUGAAAUCAUCAAGCUGGGCCUUUUGAGUGUAACUUCUGGUGCAAACCCUGUGUCACUUAAGAAAGGAAUAGACAAAACUGUACAUGGUCUUAUUGAAGAGCUUGAAAAGAAGGCUAGACCAGUCAAGGGCAGUGGUGAUAUCAAAGCCGUUGCCUCUAUCUCUGCUGGCAAUGAUGAACUUAUUGGAUCUAUGAUUGCUGAUGCUAUUGACAAAGUUGGUCCUGAUGGUGUCCUUUCAAUUGAGUCAUCGUCAUCUUUUGAGACUACUGUUGAUGUUGAAGAAGGAAUGGAGAUUGACCGUGGAUAUAUUUCCCCUCAAUUUGUGACAAACCUCGAGAAAUCAAUCGUAGAGUUUGAGAAUGCCAAGGUUCUUAUUACUGAUCAGAAGAUCACCAGCAUAAAGGAGAUUCUUCCAAUCUUGGAGAAGACAACACAGUUGAGAGCUCCACUGUUUAUUAUUGCGGAGGACAUUACUGGUGAAGCUUUGGCAACUCUCGUUGUUAAUAAGCUCCGAGGAAUUCUUAAUGUUGCAGCUAUCAAAGCGCCAAGUUUUGGUGAGCGACGCAAGGCUGUUCUUCAGGAUAUUGCCAUUGUGACAGGUGCUGAAUUUCUAGCAAAAGAUAUGGGCUUGCUGGUGGAGAAUGCAACUGAAGAGCAACUUGGGACAGCGAGAAAAGUCACAAUACAUCAGACUACAACAACCCUCAUAGCAGAUGCAGCUAGUAAAGAUGAGAUUCAGGCAAGGGUUGCACAGUUAAAGAAGGAACUCUCUGAAACUGAUUCAAUAUAUGAUACGGAGAAAUUGGCUGAGAGGAUUGCAAAACUUUCUGGUGGUGUGGCUGUCAUCAAGGUUGGGGCGGCAACUGAGACUGAACUUGAGGACCGCCAACUACGUAUUGAGGAUGCGAAGAAUGCCACCUUCGCAGCUAUUGAGGAGGGCAUUGUUCCUGGAGGUGGUACAGCAUAUGUGCAUCUAUCUACUUCUGUCCCUGCGAUCAAAGAAACAAUUGAAGACCAUGACGAGCGCCUUGGUGCAGACAUUAUUCAGAAGGCGUUGGUAGCACCUGCUUCACUGAUUGCCCACAAUGCUGGAGUGGAAGGGGAAGUGGUGGUUGAGAAGAUCAAGGACGGUGAGUGGGAAGUCGGCUACAAUGCGAUGAACGACAAGUAUGAGAACUUGAUCGAGGCUGGCGUUAUUGACCCAGCUAAGGUGACAAGAUGUGCUCUCCAGAAUGCUGCCUCAGUGGCUGGGAUGGUCCUCACCACACAGGCCAUUGUUGUCGAGAAGCCGAAGCCCAAGGCUCCUGUGGCUGAGCCAGCAGAAGGAACCCUUACCGUCUAGGCAGUGAUGACAUUCUUCAGGCCUUUGUUUAGAUGGUUCAUACCAACUGAAAAUGGUAGAAUUUUUGUCUGGGAGUUUUUGGUUCAGAUCGACCGAAAGGCCUAGAAUAGGGUCGAUUUCCAUUUUGAGACUGAGGGUGUAACCUGCCUGGUCUGAACUCAUCUCCACCAAAGUAAUUUGCAUUAUCAGAAUCAUUUUAAUGUAAAUCAUGUGUUGUUUUUAUCGUCCUUCAAA